CUCUCCCUCUCCCUUCCUCUCUCUCGCCCUCAGCCUCUCCCACUCAUCACUGCUGCAGUGUCUCGCAGCCUCAGUCACUGACCUUCCUCCGGGACCAUGCAAGCGUUUGUUGCCAGACCCAGGUCGUAUCUGACCCCGGUCAGGGAUGAAGAAGCGGAGUCUCAGAGGAAAGCAAAGUCUCGUCAUGCCAGACAGACCCGCAGGUCAACACAGGGUGUGACUCUGACAGACCUGAAAGAGGCUCAGCAGACCAACAGCCUGUCUCCUCAGGACAGCAGGCAGACAGAGGACGCUCUGAAUGACCGGUCCUGCCUGAGGAAAGGUUUUACAGAUGAGAGGAGAGUCAAGCUCGGCCUGACGGAGUUCACGGAAACAACAGAGAUCAGUGCAAGAUGGAGAAAACUGGACGAGCAGGGAAACAUUGAACCCAGGUUAGAAACCCUCACUGAGAAUCCAACAGCAAACGAUUUCUAUUUAUCUGAUGCUGGAUCCUGUGGCCUGAACGCCUGCAACACUUCCUUCAGAGGUGCUGAGAGAUGCUGGAGAGAUGAGAAUCAGAACCCUGUUGAGGAUUCAACACAGAGGACCUUUGCCACGAGGCAGCAACAGAGACGACGCUGCCGUGAUGGUGAAGCUUCAGACUUCAACCCUUUAGAGCAUGGAUCACGGAAAAACCAAUACCAGAUGGACCUUCAUGAGACUUGAUGGCAGGAUGUGGUCUGGGUCAAGAAAGAACACGAUGUGGAUCUGGAUCCAGAUUUCUUCACUUUCUUUAACAUUGAAAGAGUUUUCUCA